UCCUGCCCCCGACCCCAAAGUCCGGCUCCCGCGGCCCCUGCGACAUGACACAGGACUACGACAACAAAAGGCCUGUGUUGGUUCUCCAAAAUGAAGCUCUCUAUCCUCAGCGACGCCCCUACACCAGUGAGGAUGAAGCGUGGAAGUCCUUCCUGGAAAACCCUCUCACUGCAGCCACCAAAGCGAUGAUGAGCAUCAACGGGGAUGAGGACAGUGCAGCUGCUCUGGGCCUGCUCUACGACUAUUACAAGGUCCCUAGAGAAAGAAGGUCAUCAACAGCAAAACCAGAUGUGGAGCACCCUGAUCCAGAUCACAGUAAAAGAAACAGCAUCCCGAAUGUGAGCGAACAGGCCCUCAUUUCGGCUGGCGAAAACCGAGUGCAGGUCCUGAAAAAUGUGCCGUUUAACAUCGUCCUUCCCCACGGGAACCAACUGGGCAUCGACAAGAGAGGCCAUCUAACCGCCCCCGAUACAACAGUCACUGUCUCGAUAGCGACGAUGCCCACGCACUCCAUCAAGACGGAGACCCAGCCCCACGGCUUUGCUGUCGGGAUCCCGCCGGCCGUGUAUCAUCCUGAGCCGGCCGAUCGCGUCGUCGUGUUUGACCGCAGUCUCAACCCGGACCAGUUCGCUUCGGCUGCUCAGCCCCCAAAUGCUCAGAGGCGCACUCCGGACUCUACCUUCUCCGAGACCUUCAAGGAAGGCGUGCAGGAGGUCUUCUUCCCCUCGGACCUCAGCCUGCGGAUGCCCGGCAUGAAUUCAGAGGACUAUGUAUUUGACAGUGUUGCUGGGAACAACUUCGAGUACACCCUAGAAGCCUCCAAAUCCCUUCGGCAAAAGCCGGGCGACAGCACUAUGACGUAUCUGAACAAGGGUCAGUUUUAUCCCAUCACCUUGAAAGAAGUGAGCCACAACGAAGGGAUCCAUCACCCCAUCAGCAAAGUCCGGAGCGUGAUCAUGGUCGUGUUUGCCGAGGACAAAACCAGGGAGGACCAGCUAAGGCACUGGAAGUAUUGGCAUUCCCGGCAGCACACUGCUAAACAAAGAUGCAUUGACAUAGCCGACUAUAAGGAGAGCUUCAAUACCAUCAGUAACAUUGAGGAGAUUGCCUACAAUGCCAUUUCCUUCACUUGGGAUAUCAAUGAAGAGGCAAAGGUGUUCAUUUCUGUGAACUGCCUAAGCACGGACUUCUCCUCCCAGAAGGGUGUAAAGGGGCUUCCCCUAAACAUUCAAAUCGACACCUACAGCUACAACAACCGAAGCAACAAACCGGUGAAUCGAGCCUAUUGCCAAAUUAAAGUGUUCUGUGAUAAGGGAGCUGAACGGAAGAUCAGGGAUGAAGAAAGAAAGCAAAGCAAAAGAAAAGGCAAGUGUACUGACCCCAGCUCCCAGUUGAAUGCCUUUUCUGAUGUCAAAGUACCUAUGCUUCCUUCUCACAAGCGAAUGGACAUCACCAUUUUUAAGCCCUUCAUCGAUCUGGAUACCCAACCGGUCCUCUUUAUCCCUGAUGUGCACUUUGCCAACCUCCAGCGGGGAGCUCACGUUCUUCCUAUUGCAUCGGAAGAACUGGAGGGAGAAGGGUCUAACAUGAAAAGGGGGCCGUAUGGAGCUGAGGAUGACUUUGCUGCUCCACCUCCUGCUAAACUGACCAGAAUAGAGGAACCAAAAAGAGUGUUGCUCUAUGUUCGAAAGGAAUCCGAAGAAGUCUUUGAUGCGCUGAUGCUGAAGACGCCGUCUCUGAAAGGCCUGAUGGAAGCUAUAUCAGAUAAAUAUGAUGUUCCUCUUGAUAAAAUUGGGAAAAUCUUCAAGAAAUGUAAAAAAGGAAUCCUGGUGAACAUGGACGAUAACAUAGUGAAGCACUAUUCCAAUGAGGACACCUUCCAGCUACAGAUUGAAGAAGCAGGGGGAUCAUACAAGCUUACCCUGACAGAGAUCUAAAGGCAAGCAAACUCCAAACCUCACGAAGGCUUUCAACGAAGGUGCCGAAAGGACGUUUUUGUCUGUCAGAACUGAGGGUAAAAUACGAACCACCUUCCUGGGAGGGCAGAGGGAGAGGAGGUUUCAUCUGAGUUCUCGAAGAGAUUCACGGCUACAUUUUGGAGCCGGAAACAUCGUCUUUUCUCCACGAUGUGACAAGGCACCCGUAGCAUCAUUGUGGAUUAAAUUAAUGACUAAAGUGGGUAGGAUUUAAAGCAAUCGAUAUUUAUUGAGUGUUUACUGUGUGCAGAGCACUGUACUAAGCGCUCAGGAGAGUACCAUAUAACAGUUGGGAGAUGUAUUCUCUAUUCGCAGCCAGCUUACAAUCUAGAGGCUUAAAUAAGCCAAAUUGCUCCCAAGUUUUGGUCAAUGAAUCAAUUGUCACCAUCUGCUUACUAAAUGUGAAUAGGGCCCGCGGGGUUCAUUAACCAAGAGGAGAUGGGUUAGGGCUUCUCUGCCUUCACCUGGCUGCCUUAUGGUUAUGGAAGUUGCCUCUAAAGACCAAAAAAAAUAAUAAUAAUAAGAUUUCCUUAUAAGAUUUCCCC